AUGAUUGCGACUCCUGCAACCAACGGCCACAUGCCGCCCGACGCGGAGCCCAGUCCCGAUGCCCUGGACGCAGUGGACUACGACCCGAUCGACCACCUCAACGCCAUCUUCGCCCAUCCUUCCUCUCUAUCGUCCGUCUCCCAGAUCUCCAGCGCCCUUCACACAUACGAAGAUGAAUUGGACGAUGACAUCGGCACACUCGUGGAGACCCAGGUCACCUCCAACGCGGAGAGCGUGGAACGCAUCCAGACAGCAAAGGCUGACCUGUCCGAGCUGUUCAAGAAGAUAGACGACGUGCGCGAGCGCGCGUCCAAAACAGAGCAGUCCAUUACGGACAUGACCGCCGACAUCAAGCAAUUGGACAAUGCGAAGCAGAACCUCACCCUGUCCAUGACGGCGCUGAAGCGCCUGCAGAUGUUGACCACCGCGUACGACCAACUGCAGGCGCUCAGCCGGACACGCCAGUACCGCGAGUGUGCGCAGCUGCUUCAGGCAGUCAUCCAGCUGAUGGCACAUUUCAAGUCAUACCGAUCCAUAGACCAGAUUGCCAUCUUGAGCAAAAAUGUGGCGGACAUACAACGGCAACUGCUGGAGCAAGUCUGCGAGGACUUUGAGAUGGCUUUCUCCAAGAGCGAAGUGGCUCAGAAGCGGGGGAUCUUGUCGGAGGCGUGCCAGGUCGUGGACGCUCUGGGCGAGCACGCCCGGUCUCGAUUGGUAACCUGGUACUGCAACACCCAGCUACGCGAGUACCGGCAGGUCUUCCGGAAUAAUGAAGAGGCAGGCUCCUUGGACAACAUCUCUCGCAGAUACGCGUGGUUUCGGCGCAUAUUGAAGAUCUAUGACGAGGAGAAUGCGGCCAUCUUUCCGACCUCCUGGCGGGUCAAUGAGAUUCUGGCCAAUGUCUUCUGCGAAGGCACGCGCGAGGAUUACAAGGGCAUUCUCUCCCGGUCUGUGCGCAGCGGCCAAACCAUCGAUGUCAAUCUUCUGCUCUCGUGUUUGCAGGAAACACUGGACUUCGAGCAUUCGCUUGAACGUCGCUUUGCGCCCCCGACACGACAAUCCACCGACACCUUCGCCUCAAACGAGGCUCCUGUGUUCAGUCAAUCUAUCUCUGAAGCCUUUGAGCCGUAUCUCAGUGUCUGGGUUGAGGCUCAGGAUAAGCAGCUGGCUGCACUGCUGCCCAAGUACCGACAGCAGCCCCUGAGACCCAUCGAUGAAGAGUUUGACUCGCACACGGUGAUCCCAUCGUCCACCGAACUGUUCGCAUUCUACAGGCACUCCUUGCAGCAGUGUGCCAAGCUCUCAACAGGAAACAGUCUAGCGGAGCUGGCAAAGGUGUUCGCCAAGUAUCUGGAUCAGUACGCACAGCAGGUCCUUCUCAACUAUAUAAGCGAGCGGCCCUCGGCUCAUACACCAUCGAAAACGCCAUCAGAGGAGGACCUUAUCUCGGUUCUCAACACCGCCGACUACUGCUACACGACAUGCACCCAAUUAGAAGAGAAAAUCAAGGGGAGACUCGAUGAUUCUAUCAAGCAGAGCGUGGACCUACAGAGCCAGGCCGACUCCUUCAUGGGGAUCGCUUCGGCUGCUGUUCGAGGCCUUGUGCGGAAGGUGGAACUUGACCUGGAGUCUUGCUGGCGGGAAAUGCGCAAUACGCCAUGGAGCAGGAUGGAGGCUGUCAGUGAUCAGAGCUCCUAUGUGGGCGAGAUUCUUUCACGGACGAAGACGAGGGCGUCGGAGAUCACACAGCUGUUGCACAAGCAGCAGUAUGCGCGGGCUUUCGCCGACCAUCUGGUCGAGCUCAUCUCGAGCUUGUUCAUUAGUAACGUCUUCCAGUGCAAGCCUGUCUCAGAAACGGGCGCAGAGCAGAUGCUGCUCGACUCCUACACCCUCAAAAGCGGCCUUUCAUCCCUUCUUCCCGCUCCAGCUCCAGCAGGAUUCGUCAAACGCGUGAACAACAGCUUCUUCAAAAUCGAAGCCCUCCUCAAGACCCUCCAGGUCCAACCCUCACCACCAGAGGCUCUCGUACAAGCCUACCUGAUUCACAUCGCGGACCGCAACAAUAACAACUUCCGCAAGAUCCUCGACAUCAAAGGCAUCCGCAACCGCCAAGAGCAAAACCACCUCGUCGAGCUAUUCCAGCUCCACCGCGCAUCAGACCGCUACGCCUCGAACCUACAGCAAAGCAAUCCGAUCCUCACAGCCUUCCAAACCUCCACGGCGACUACCACGGGUUCUGUUUCCCAGGGACUCAGUGCCGCUGCAUCCAUGCCUACCCGGUUUGAUCCCACCAUGCUCGGUUCUGCCAUUAUCUCCGCUGCAAAGGACGGCGUAGAUCGCUUUGGAAACCCCCUGAGUUCUUCCGCCGCUGCCGGCACAACGUCUACGUCUGGCUCAGCUCUUAACAGCACUUCAGCAGCGUCGUCUCCGGUCCCGGCAGCCCCAGCCCAGCCGCCCUCGCAUGCACAUACCCCAUCUGAAAGCACCGCUACUCUCAACGAGAACCUCAAGAACAUUGGAAAGUUCUUCCGUCGAGAUUUGGGUGGCUUUGGUGGUAGGUUUGGGAGGGGUGCUGAAGAGUAA